AUGACUCUCGCCCAUGUGGUUUUCAAGCCCCAAAACCCCUUCUUGAUUCAUCUCAUUCAAAUCUUUCCUCUUUCUCAUACACUCCCUCAUUUUCUACUUCCUCUCUACUCCAUAACCCGCCAAACGAAUCGUUCUUACUACUCCUCUCUUCCUUCAGAUAAUCUUGUAACAGUAAACAAAUUGAUAUCAAUCUUCACGCAGAAACAACCCUUAUCUUUGGUAUCCACAACAGAGCUAACCAACUUUGGAUCGAAGCUGACGACUGAUGUUGUUGAAACUGCACUAAAAAGCUUCAAGAACUGGAAAACGGCGCUUAGAUUCUUCAACUGGGCAUCAACUCAAAAUGGGUAUCACCACAGCUGUUAUACUUAUAAUGCCAUGGCUUCUAUCCUAUCAGGUGCUCGACAAAAUGCCGCAAUGAAGGAACUGUCUAUCAACUUGAUAAAAUCAAAGUGCUACAUGAGCGCAGGUGCGCUAGGGUUUUUUGUUAGGUGUUUAGGAGGCCUAGGGAUGGUUAACGAGGCUAAUGAGUUGUUCGAUCAAGUUAAGGAAUUGGGUUGUGUUCCAAAUAAUUAUAGCUAUAAUUCACUAUUGGAAGCUAUUUCCAAGUCAGGGUCUGUAGAUUUAAUGGCUAUGAGAAUGAAUGAGAUGAAGGAUAAUGGAUGGAAGCCUGAUAAGUAUACUUUGACAUCUGUGAUUCAGUGUUAUUGUAAAGCAGGCAAGUUUGAACAAGCUUUUGAAGUGUUUCAGCAGAUUGAUGAACUUAAUUGGGUAGAUUCUUACAUUUUCACAAUCUUGAUAAUCUCAUUGAGCAAAGGGGGUGAGGUGGAUAAAGCAAUCUACUUGAUUAACAAGAUGGAUGAUUUCAAGAUAAUCUUGAACGAGAAAACCUUUUAUGUUUUGAUUCAUGGGUUUGUAAAAGAAGGCAAAGUAGAUUAUGCUCUAACCCUAUUUAAAAAGAUGCAAACUUUAGGUUUUGUCCCUGAAAUUUCACUCUAUGCUGUACUCAUUGAAGGACUUUGCAAAAGGAAAGAGCUUACAAAAGCUUUACAAUUGUAUUCUCAGUUGAGUAAAAUGGGUAUUCAUCCUGAUGUUAAUCUACUCAAAGCUUUAGUAUCUUCUUUAUCUGAUGAGAAAGAAAUGAUGUCCUUACUCAAAGAGGCAAAAGACUAUCUCAACAAGACAUCCAUGACUACAUUAUGCAAUGCUGCCCUUAUUACUCUGGUUAAAAGUGGCUCAAUUGAUAAAGCAUAUCAUCUCAUUCAAUCAAUAAUGAAGGAUUAUGAUCAUGUUCCCCUAGAUGCCUCUUCUUUUGAAAUUGUUAUUGAUGGUUUGAUCGAUAAAGGUAACUUGGAUGUUGCCCUAGACCUCUUCAAUGAAAUGGAUCAAAUUGAUUGUAAACGAAGUUUGCUACUUUACAAUAACAUGAUCAAUGCUUUAAGCAAUGAAAAGAAAGUGGAAAAAUGUCAUGAGCUUCUGAAAGAGAUGAAGGAUUCUGGAUUCCCACCAUCACAAUUCACACACAACUCCAUAUUUGGAUACUACUGUAAAGUUGCUGAUGUGGCAGGUGCCAUAGACAUGUUACAUGAGAUGCAUACUCAUGGGCAUCAACCAUGGAUUAAACAUUACACCUUGCUUGUGAAACAACUCUCAAGAAUUUCCAAAGUUGCUGAAGCAUCUAACUUUUUAACAAUCAUGGUGGAUAAAGGUUUUUUACCUGACAUGAUUGUGUAUUCUGCUGUGAUUGAUGGUUGGUUAAAGAUUGGAGAAUUGGAUUAUGCUUUGAAGAUGUUCAAGGGUAUUUCGGGUAAUAAACAUUGUCCUGAUGUAGUUACAUAUAACACCAUCAUAAACGGUCUUUGCAAGGCCAAAAAGGUAUCAGAAGCUAAUGAUAUAUAUCAAGAAAUGAUACAAAAGUGUCUUAUUCCAUCUGUUGUGACAUACAAUCUACUGAUAGAUGCUUACUUUAAAAAUGGUGACAUUGAUCAGGCGAUUGGGUUCUUUAAGAUGAUGAGUCAAAAAGGAAGGAACCCUAAUGUUGUUACUUACACUUGUUUAAUUGAUGGAUUGUGUAAUGUUGGAAGAUCAGAUGAAGCUUUGGUGAUUUGGAAUGAAAUGUGUAGUUGUACUUCACCAAACAAGAUUGCUUAUAUGGCUCUUGUUAAUGGACUUUGUAAAUGCAGGAAGCCAGAUGAAGGUUUGAUUUAUUUUGAGGAGAUGAAGGAGAAGGAUAUGAAUGUGGAUAGUUAUGUGUAUGUUGCAUUGAUUGAAGCUUUUGUUUCUGUAUCAAAUGCAGCCAUGGGUGUUUGUGUUUUGAGAAAGAUGAUUGGGGAUGAAAGGGUUCCUGAUUUGGGUGAUAAAAACUGUGGAAUUUUGAGGGAGGUUGUGGUGAAAUUGUUGGAUGAUGAAUUGGUUUGUGAAGAAAUUAGAAGAUUAAUUGAAGAUGGUAGUGUUCCAAUUCAUUUGGUGCAAACAUGA